AUGGCCGCCGAGGCGCCCGCCGGGCUGGACGAGAGGGGGCGGCCGCCGCCUGCCGGCGGGGCGGUGCUGGUGGCGGGGUGCGCCCUGGCGCUGCGGAGGCGGCGGGACGUCGGCGCCACGGCGCGCUCUGACGGCCCAGUCCUGGUGGAGGCCACGGCCGCUGCCGAGACGGCGAGGCUGGAGCUGGAGGCCGCGAGGCUGCGCGCCGAAGCCGCCGAGCUGCGCCGGGCUACGGACAGGCGGCGGCGGUCCUCCCGGGCCCGCGCGCUGCUGGGGCGCGGCGAGCCUGCCCUGAGCCUGGAGGAGCUCCCAGCCCGCCUCCGGGACGCGUGCGGCUUCGAGCCGAGCCCGGCGGAGGCGGCGCGGCUGAGCGCCGCGGCAGGGCGGCCGGGAGCGGCCUUGGGGCACGAGGAGCUGGCCAGCGACGCGUUCGACGUCGAGCUUGCGAGGAUCGUCGCCGAGAGGCGUCGUCGGCAGGCGGCAUGGCGCUGGCGGGAGGCCUUGGAGUGGCAGGAGGCCCGCGCGCGCGAGCGGCGGGCGCGGGCCGAGGCGCGGCAGCCCCGGGCGGCCCAGCCGCGCGCGGCGAGCGACGACCGCGGCGCCGGGACGCGCCUGCUCUCGGGCCCGGAGGGUCGGGUGCUGCUCGAAGUGCCCCUGGCCCCAGGUCUGGCGUACGUGCUGCCGCUCAUCGACUCGAUCCAGUUCGGGGCCGCGCUGGCCCAGACGCUUCCCGCCUUCGCGCCCCUCAUUGGGCUCCUGGCAAUUCCCUCGGUCGUCGUGACCGCCGUGCCAUACGGCGUCGGCACCGUCGUCCUGUUCGCCGUAUGGCUCCUCGCGAGCUGCGCGCCGGAUUGUCCGAGGCUGCUGCGCUUCAGCCUGCUGCAGGCGGUGUACCUGGACAUGGCGUUCUACCUGCCCACGGCCGCCGCGACCGCCAUCAACGGAGGACUGCCGACCGAGAUCGCUGCAUUCCUGUACCUGUGCCUCCUCGCGGUGUGUGUCUACUGUGUCUUCGUGAACUCGCGCGGGGAGUAUCCCGACGGCCUGCCAGUGAUCUCUUGUUUUGCGCAGAGCAACCUCGAUCAGAUGGCCGAGGGCCAGUAG